CGCGGACGGGGCAAUUAAGCUGAUGUUUCCUGGUCGGUUGUGUGCAUCCAAACCUUUCUGCGCCACACUUUCAUCACCAUCAGGCCACAACGCACGCCAACCCUUCGACCUGCCUCCCAUCAUCCCCCCCCCCGCAUCACAGCAUAAACCCGAGCCCCGCACUUGUGCAAACUUUUGCCCCCCCUCUGCCCGCAUCCGAAGCGAUCGGCUCUUUCGCUUCCUACGAUUCUCGAAGGCUUGAUCACGCCCCCCGCCCGCCAGAGUCUAAAAGUCCGUCAACGAAAGCUAAGGCCAGGCCCCAAAAUGUCCUCUGCUCAGCCUUAUCAACUUCCAUCCGCCGAUGCCAUCAAAGAGACCGUCGAGGCGCGCGAAGAAAAGAUUCGCUCGGACUGGGUCAAGGUGAUGAAGGCGCGCAUUGUGCGCGAAGAGCUGGUCAAGUGUCACAAAGGUGAAGGGGUGAAUCAUUAUCAGGUUUGCCAACCUUUGGCCGAUAGGUACCUCGAACUGCUCAAGGAUGCCAAGGUGCGCGGCUACAAGCACGUCGACCUGGCCUGAAAGAAGCAGUCGGUGCACUGCAGGCGAAAACUCGUGACAGCAGCGCAUCAUCGCCAUCCACCUCAUUUCAUCGCACCCGCGCUGCUCUCCUCUCCGUUCAGACGCGCACCCACUCUAGCGUGAGGGAAGCAAGCUCGGGC